AUGGCGUCUUCUUUACUAUUAAUUGUUGAUUUAUUACUUGUUAUAGGAUUGGCUGUGGGGUGUUUAGUGUAUUGGUAUCUAACCAAGAACUUCAACUACUGGAAAGACCGUGGAGUACCUUUUGUGAAGCCUCAUUGGUUUUUCGGAAACGUUGGACAUCAAGUAUUACAAAGAAAGUCAUGCACUGAAUUCGCUAAAAACUUGUACAAUAAAUUCAAAGAUAAUGGUUAUGGUGGAAUAUUCCUGUUCCGGAAACCUGUAAUCUUUGUUUGUGAUUUAGGCCUGAUAGAGAAGAUUUUAACUCAAGACUUUACCCAUUUCGAGGAUCGCUCUGUUGCUUGUAAUCCUGAAGAACCUUUAUCGGAUACUCUGUUCAAUGCGAGUGGCGACAAGUGGAGGAACAUGCGUCAUAAGUUGACCACAACGUUUUCUUCAGCGAAGGUAAAGGGUAUGUUCAAUCAAGUCUUUAACUGCGGAGACUAUCUCAUAAAAGAAAUAGAGGAAUGUUCAAAGAGGAAUAAAUUAGUCGAGAUAGAACCUUUAGCUUUCAACUUUGCCACGGAGGUAAUUGCAAGUUGUGUCUGUGGAGUCCAACUAAUGUCUGACCCUGUCGUAGGAAAUAAGUUUAGAGAGUCUCUAGAUAUUCUGUUCCAGUUUCCUCCAUUAAAGCUGGCAAAGACAUACAUUGGUAUUGUUUAUCCGGAGCUAUUCCGUCGCCUUAACAUCAAAUAUACGCCAAAUUCGGUGAAGCAUUUCUUUGUUAAUUUAACCGAGGAAACAAUUAAGUACCGCAAGCAAAACAACAUAAAAAGAAACGACUUUCUGCAAAUGAUGAUUACUCUCAAAGAACAAGAAGAGAUCGGAAGUAGUUUUGAUAGUCAGCUACAUAACUGUGAACUGCAACAAAAUGGACAACAGUUUUCUGCUGUAAAGUGCUUUACUGACAGAAGUAUACCUUCUCUUGUAUUUAACUUUCUAGCAGCCGGAACUAAACCUUCAGUAUCAACUCUCACACUCACUAUGUUUGAAAUUGCUAAGAACCCUUCAAUUCAAAAAAGGUUACAAGAGGAGGUCGAGUCUUGUGUAGCAAAGUACCAUGGGUUCAACUACCAGGCCAUCAGUGAAAUGGGGUACUUGGACCAGAUAAUUCAGGAGACUCACCGGAUAUACACGUUUCAAAAAGUUAUAACUCGUUUGGUCACCAAACCCUAUAAAAUACCAGGAACAGAUUUGGUUUUGGAGAAGGGUACCAUCGUCUACAUUCCUAUCUCUGCCAUCCACAUGGACCCAAAGUUCUAUCCGGAGCCUGAGGUGUUCGACCCGGAGAGGUUUGCAGGAAACAACUACAAGCCGAGUUGUCGAUUCCUACCCUACGGCCAUGGACCCCGGAUAUGCAUAGGUGUCAAGUUUGUGGCUUUACUGAUGAAAGUGUUUGUGGCGAGAAUAGUGAUCAAGUAUUCUAUAAAAUUGGAGAUGAACCCAUCAAUUGAAUGGGAUGGAAAUGUUUGUGCUCCUCAACCAAAAAAUGGAAUUUGGUUGUCUUUCCACGACAGAGAAUAACUCUUAGAGCAAUUCUUGGACAUCCUCAACAGAACAAAAAACUGUAUGCAUUUGUCACUAAACUGUAUUACUUGGUUUGUGAUAUUUAAUUUUGAACGUGAUUCUAUCACUUAAAAAAUAUUUCCUAUUGUUCGCUUUAAAUGUUU